CUCGCAGGUGAGGCACGCACAGUUUCGUCAUCCGGCGUGUGCCGACCCCCGCGGUCUCGAGACCUGCCUGUGGGAAUGAGCCCAUUCCAACGCUCCUGUCGUGCCCGACCGCAAAACAUUUAUUUCCAAAUGCUGGCGCCGUUCGUUCCUUCGAUCGCAAUGUGGCAGAAGUUGUUACCUCGCUUGCAGAAGCCGUCAGAAAGGGACGUCAGCGCUAUGCACAGUUGCGGCCCUUGUGCUUUGCGCUAGCACCAUUCGGUGGCCUCAUCACCGAGUCUCGCUGCUGCAGCUCGCUUCUGGUCUUGUUCCAGUCCGCAUUCUACCAAACGGGAAUAAUAACGCUCUUCGGAAGCCUGCGAAAUCCUACCCUCAAAAAAAUCAAGAACAAAAACCUCAGUAUUUUUAUACUUGGAUACAAUAGUGCUCUCCGGAAGGAAACAUAAAUAGUCCAACAGGUGUUCACUACCAGAGAAAGUGAAAAAAAAUAUUAUGGCAGGUAAAAUAAAAUUCAGUAAUAUACGUCUUUCAACGUAAAGUGAGCCUUCAUUUUUAUUCCAGGAUCGUGUGUGAAUAGAAGUUAUCAAAAAAAGUGUCCAUUCCCAAGGAAGAGCUGUAGAGAGGGUUGGUGGAAGAGUCUCCUGGUCCCGGAAUCUUGAAAAUUGUGAAAUAAUUCGUUGACAUCGCGGCCUGGUCGUCAAUAUGGCAUGCCAGACGAAGCAGCUGACGUGUCAUCACAGAUGGCCUGUCAUAGCUGUUCUGCUGCUAGUCUGGGCUAGCUCUGUGACCGAGUGUUCCAAGAAGAGGUCGAAACUUCUAGAAGAAAUAUUGAAUGCAGCAGAAAGCGAAAAAGACUUCAAAAACUGGCCUCCACUUUAUGAUUCUGACAAAGCUACAAAUGUUCAAGUCAAGAUCUACGUCGACACCAUUGAUUCCGUCAAUGAAGCCACGAUGGAUUUCACAGUCAGUAUGCUGCUGCACCUGCGGUGGAAGGAUGAGCGGCUGGUCAAGUUCAACAUGCAGCAGACCUUCAAGGGCCUCACCACGGACUUCCUCGAGUUCGACUCCGCCAACAUCAAGCGUAUAUGGGUUCCAGACCUGUUCUUUCCCAACGAAAAGAAAGCUUUCUUCCAUGAAGUGAUGAUAACCAAUCAGAUCAGCCGCCUUUACAAAGACGCGUCCAUCCUUCAUAUUUCAAGGCUGUCGAUGACACUGAGUUGUCCCAUGAACCUCCGGUUCUAUCCUUUUGACAAACAGUUCUGCUCUAUUCUCAUCAUGAGCUUCGGGUAUGCAGACGACAAAAUUACCCUGGACUGGAUGAAUGUUACAGAACCCAUCCAGUCAACGGAGAUAGACCAAGAAGAAAACCCGAUUAUGGUCAACGAUGACGUCGAGCUGCCACAGUUCAAAGUCACAGGUCAAUCCGCUGAAAGAUGUAAGAAACGGUACCAUCAAAAGUCAGGGAACCAUAGCUGUCUAGAAGCCAAGUUUUACUUGGAACGGAACAUCACGUACUACGUGGUACAAAUGUACAUUCCGUCCAUCCUCAUCGUUAUGCUCUCGUGGAUUUCCUUCUGGCUCAACGUCAACUCCGUUCCAGGACGCAUCUCGCUAGGGGUCCUCACGGUGCUCACCAUGACAACCCAGAGUUCCGCCGUCAACGCCUCACUUCCCAGGGUUUCCUAUACAAAAGCCAUAGACGUGUGGAUGUCAACCUGUCUCGUCUUCGUCUUCUGCUCUCUGCUGGAGUUCGCUGUUGUCAACGUCCUCAGUCGUAAGGACAGCCUCAGGGACUUCUCCAUUCGUAGGGUCUUCAGCAUCCCCAAAAGACUUUGAAAAUGGCAAUACUGUAAGGAGGUGUCGAUUCCUUUGGAAGAGGACACAGACGACAAGAAGAAGAGGAAGAGGUUUGCCAAGCGCGGCAUUGUGUACGCCAUGUACCUUGACGUGGCCUCUCGCAUCAUCUUCCCAGUCAUCUUUGUCAUCUUCAUCAUGAUCUACUGGCUGUACUACGUCAAUGUCGACGUCAACCCGGAAUAGUGACAUCGACUACCUGGGCCAUUACUCUUAUCAGGAAGAAGUUUGGGGCGGGAGGAACACAGAAGGAACUCAUCUACAAAACGUUCUCGCGAUGACUGGCGAGCUCUUGCAAGACAUGAAGACGUUGGGCGAGAAGAACCAGGUCAAAACUCGCCCCAACCCACUCCUAAAAAAAAAAGAAGCAGAAGAAGAAGAAGAUAAGAAGACAGCAAUGCUGUUAUUUCUUCAUCGCCUCUUUUUUUGCGAUGAGACAGCGUGUGUUCUGGUGACACAUCAGUUCAAGAUAUGGCGUCGUUUGUACUAACUGCUGUUACGAUCUGUGUAGAAUGUGAAGCUGGUUUAGUACACCUCAUAGUCAAGUAUUAGACCUCGUAGCACCAAUUACCCUCAUGCACGAAUCAAACAUGCCACACAGGUAAAAUAGGUAAAAGUAGCUCACACUGUCAGGUGUUCAUUUGUCACCAUCAGCUUUCUUCUUCUUGUCCCCUCCUCAUCCUCAUCCUGUUCCCCGCUCUCUCCCUCUCAUUAUUUUCUUGAUAGUUUUUUUCCGUUUCAUGUUUCCUUCUUCACUCGUUUGUCCUCAUGUUCUUUUCUAUUGAAUCAUAAGUAUUUAUCUUUUUAUCUUUUUCUGUCCGACAUGCACGGACAUCUCUAUUUAUGCACCACUUCACUCCUCACUGUAAGCACCAAUCGGCAUCUAACAGUUUUUAAUGUUGAUAUUUAAUGAAAAUUAGGUUACACAGUAUAAACUUAGUGGUACAGGAGAGGGGACAGUGGAUUCACGGAUGAUGCUUGAUGUUUAUAUCACACACUAGUCCAGAAGUAAAUCUCAUGAGAUGUUAGCUGGCACAUAACUGUCUCUGAAGCUGCUUUAUCUUACCAAAUAUGAAAAUCAUAUGUCCUGUUUGUCACUUGUCAUAUUUAAGAUUUCACACUUACACAAGCGUGAACAUAUGCAUACACACACAGGAAAGAGAGAGAGAGAGAUGAUAGAAAGAAUAAUUAAGCUCAUAGCCAAGCAAAGCUGGGCUUCUGUUCAGAGAAAUGUCAGUCAGCAAAAUGUCCUUUUGAUGAACUGUCUUAUGGCCAAGUCAUUCAGCAAAUCGCCCAACAAAUGAACUAAAUGAUCAAGUUCAGCAACAGUUUUUAAGAGGUAUCAGUAACGUACAACACAUCUUAUCCUUUAAAUGAAUUAUUAAAAAACUUUUUUCUAGUUACAACAGUAACCUCCAAUUCACGAGGCUGUCCAUAAAUGGGCAACGGGUUUUCGAAUGUACCUGAAACAUGACUGUGCAGUCUCUUCUCAAUUAGUGUCUAUCUUUGAUUUCUAAUUACUGACUCUUCGUAUUUCCUCAGUCCUUUUUGCUUUUUCAUGCAGUUUCUACACUGCAGUUGUAUACUAAUUAUUGGUAAUUAUGAUUCCUUUCGAAGGGACUCUGCUGUGAUGAGCUUCACAAACGAUUGCUGCUGAACUGUAUUGACAAAAAGAACACACGACACGAGAGAACCUCACUAAUCUCCAUCCUCUUUUACAAGAAAUCGAUCAUUUAUCACAUUACUUUUGUCUUACUUCUCCUCCUUACAACACUUGCACACAAGCUGCUGUCAUUCUAAUUGGUGGCAGACAUUGCUGGCUUUUAUUGUCUUUGAACUUCUUAGGGAUUACAGAAACUGAAUUCCCCUGUUUAGAUUAAAUCACAACACCGUAGUGUUAAUCACAUUCACCGGCUGUUAAAACUUGUCUUGAAUACUCAUUAAUCUUCACGUUAUUUAACAAUAUGCACAAAUUUGUACAUACUAAUUGUUCACUUGAGAAAUGCAAUCAAAUGUACUUUACUGACCCAGGUCUAGAAGACGUUAUCGCACUUUCAUCACUUUUAACCUCAUUGAUGCAUUUUACGAUUUAUAUGCAGGCUGUAUUUAUACAUUGUUCAUGUCAACAUUUCGCUUCUGCCAUGUGUAUAAUUUAUUUUAUCACAUUGCCACUGAACAUGUCAAUAGUUUGGAGAUAUGCGGGUCCCGAGCGUGAAAUGUGAAAUAGGGCCAUCUUUUAUGUCAUUCACCUUCUGCUGGCGAAAGGCUUAUAUUAGUUUUUAUGUUUUAAGAUGAAAAUGAAGCAAAACAAAUGUUACUAACUGGGUUUGCUGUAAUAACUGUCGAGAAAUAAUUUCAAAGCAAGGGACGUAAUAAAUUAUCCUCAUCCUGCACGAGCGUGGGUUGUAGUUCUUGUCUUUACAAACUAGUUAUUGCAGCUAAAGGUUACUAAAUGGAGUUCAGUGUACAACUGUAGAAUAAUUAAUUCAGGACUCGAUGCAACAAUUUAUACAGAAUAUAUUAUUCCAUAAGUCUAGAUACAAAGUGUACAGAAUUCAUAGCAUAAUGAUUCACAGAAAAAGGAAGUGGUGGAGUUGGGGAGGGGGAGAAGUUGAAGGGGAUGAUGGUGUAGGAGACAAUAGUUUCACACACAAACAUGCGUGUGCGAGAGAGAGUGUGAGUCUCACAUUAUCACAUAUAUGAAAUUACCAUGUUGACCAAGGAUAACUACGAAUAAUUAAGAAGCAUUGCAACGGUGUGUACACGCUAUACAGAGUUGUUUCACUGUGAUCAACCGACUACCCAAGCAAAUUUCAUUUGUGUAUUUUGUUUCACGUGUGUGGUAGUCUGAAUUGUAUCAUAGUAAGCAGUGUGACCAGUAGCUACAGUUAUUCUCUCUGUAUGCCUUCAUUUAUCUGUGAUUCUAUUUUUCGCCAGUUUCAAAUCUUCAUUACGUUUGUAAAUCACUUUCAAAGAAGGCUUAAGUCAGACACUGAUUGGCGAACCUUUUGCAAGUAAGUUUUUUUUUUUUUUUAUAAAAAAAGCAAGAUAAUUUUAACUGCUUCAUUUUUUUCAUGCAUUUUCCUUUGAAUGUACGUAACAAAAGAAUGAUAUAGAUGUUAGCUAUAAACUGUCUGCUUCUCUCCCGAGCUGCUGUUUUUGAACUCGACUUUCCUGUUCAAUCCCUUUAAUGGCUGAUACCAACGGUAAUUGCUUCUACUCUGCUAACUAUAGAGCCCAGUCCAUGAGUUGGUUUCAUUUCUUUAUGCAGUCAUCCCUUGGUUUGUCUUAUAUACAUGUCGCAGUUGUCUCUCACGCAUGUGUGACGUCUGACACAUUCCGCCACUAGAGGGCACUUGCUGGUAGUCACGCUUCACUGGGAAACCCUCAAUAGCUGACUAAUUUUUGUUCUUACCAAACGCUUGUUCUGUAAGCGUGGACAUGUAGGUGCAUCAUUGGAAGAUCCUCACUAAGAUUGAGAAAAAUCACAUUAUGUACUCUCAGUUCCUUGUCCUCACUCCUGACCCUAGAGGUUGUUAAUAAUUAUUUGUGCGUUUCCAAGAGAACUUGCAACCUUAGGGACUGUAGUAUUCUGCCCCUGCCUACGUGUUUCAAAGACCAUUGUCGACUCUUCUGUUUGAGACUUCUGUAUUUCCUGUUUGCAUUUUAACUUGUUUUUUUGUGCCAGCAAUCCGCUUUGCCUCUGUUCGCGCUGUGUUAGCAUAAACUGUGAUCUCAUACUUCAUGCUUGUAGUUGUAUAGCAAUCUCCUGCUUGAUACUAUAAAUCUGCAUCUGGUAACCAUCUGGUAACCACAUGCCAGCAAAACACUGACAUUAUACUUAAUUAGAAAAACACUUUCGUCUAUAUCCUUUGAACUUUAUGAAGUUGCUUGAAUAUGAUUGUGUUUCCCAUAAAAAUAUUGAUAAAGCGACAUUUAAUUUUCGGCUAAGGGAAUGUUCUUAAGCGUUCAUUUAUGCACAUAUCUAGAUGUAGAUUUUCUUAUUAAAAAGAGAAGAAGAGAAUAAUAAAAAGAAAGUGGCA